GUAUAGUGAUCAAAUAAAUCGUGUAACCGUAAUAAAGUUUCAUUUGUCAUUGUGCUAUUGAAAAAAAAAUAGGAGAAUACGGCUAUUUAUUUAGCUCUCGAACUAAUCCAGCUGAUAUCAGAGUUUGCACUAGCGCUUUAAUAUAAUUAAAAAUAUUCCAAUAUUUAAAUGUUUAUCAUCUGGAUUUUCAUUUUAGUCAACAGUUUCUAUGCCACAACCAAUUCGUCCAAAAUGUCUGUUGAUGGAAUUUAUAAGCGUAUCGGUCAGGAACGCAGCAGGGAGUUUCUAAUAAAUGAAGGUUUGUCACCCGAGGAAGCAGACUACACAAUAGCACUGGGUCUGGAACUAGAGUUUAAAGUAAGCAGUAACAAAAUUACAAGAACAAUUAGAGCUGGAAAAAUUCAUGAAGUUGACGAUUUUGUCCUUGGACAACCAUGUCAGGAAGUUAUAGCAAGACAAAAUUUUACGAGUAUACCCUCCCUUAACGGAAAUACUUUCAUACUGUCCACGAAACGUUCGGAUGGAUCCGAAGGAUGGUCUAGAUACCAUUAUUUCAAAGAGGAUGGCUUAGACGUACUACACAAAGCCAAUCACGGAGAAGCGUGGAUGUACUUCAAGAGGUUAUAAUAAUAAAUAUUAUAAUUACUUAAUAAAUAUACACUGAAACACUAA